ACCCUUAUCGUAUUUGUUUCACAUAUAAAAGACAAGUGCAAUGUUUGGUGGGCACAAGCAAUCAUGGCUCGUCUAGUGCUGUGUGUCCUGGCCUUAGCAGCCUCAGGGCUCGCCGAUCCGGCCCACAAGGUGUUGCCUCAGAAACAGGCCGACAAUGCGCUGCUGCAGAAGCAGCUGGACCUCAGCACGCUGUUCUACCACGUGCACGAGCCGCUGCACGUGCCCGAGCUGGUCGCCAUCGCCGACUCCUGGGACGUCGAGAAGAACAUCGACCACUACUCUAACAUCACCGCCGUGAAAGUGUUCGGAGAGCUGUACGAGUAUGGUCUCCUCUACCGCAACAUGCCGUUCCACGUGCUGGACCGCUACCACGGCUUCGAGGCGCAGACCCUCUACAACGUGCUCUGGUCCGCCAAGGACUACGACACCUUCUACAAGACCGCCGUCUGGUUCCGCCAACACGUCAACGAAUACCUCUUCGUCUACGUCUACAGCACCGCCAUCCUCCACCGCCCCGACACGCAGGGCGUCGUCAUCCCCCCCAUCUACGAAAUCUUCCCCGAAUUCUUCACCAACAGUGAGGUCCUCACCACCGCCCAGCGCGUCAAUGUCCACGGCCUCCGCAUGGUCGAACACUACCCGACCACCUACGUCUGGGAGAACAACGUCGUCGUCAAGGAGAACAUGACCAUCUGGCCGUACUACUACAACGAUGAGGUCAAGGUCAACUACUUCACCUGGGACCAGGGACUGAACGCCUUCUACUACAACUGGCAUCUGGCUUACCCUAAAUGGCUCGGCGGAGAGGUCACUCCUCUUGUCAAGGACCGCAGGGGAGAAUGGUUCUGGUACAUCCACAAGCAGCUGCUGACCCGCUACUACAUGGAGAGACUGUCCAACGGUCUCGGAGAGAUCCCUGAGCUUAGCUGGAGUGCACCCAUCAAGACCGGAAUCUGGUCUGGACUGCAAUACUACAAGGGCAUCUUCUUCCCAACCAGGCCCAACAACUUUGUACUGAACCAGGACUACUUCGUGAAUGAAAUCAUCCGCAUUCAAGACUUCGAGCGUCGCGUUCGUGAGGCUAUCGACCUAGGAUACGUCAUCAACAACGUUGGUGAGCACAUCAACAUCCACACUCCGGAAGCCAUUGACAUUUUGGGUCGCGUCAUUGAGUGCAACGUCGACUCUCCCAACUCCAAGUUCUACGGAGACUUCAUCACCUUAUGGAAGGGCCUUCUCGGAAACUCUCUAGAGCACACUGAAUACAACCAACUGUACCAUGGACACAUUCCCGAGAUCCUCCCCUCCGUGCUUGAGCACUACCAGACUGCCCUCCGCGACCCUGCCUUCUACCUGAUCUGGAAGCGCGUUCUGAACAUCUUCAAGAUGUGGCAAGAGAGCCUGCCUAUGUACAAACUGGAAGAGCUGGCUUACCCCACUGUCUCCAUCAAGAACGUUGAGGUCGACAAACUGGUCACCUACUUCGAGAACACCUACAUGAACAUCACCAACCAACUUCACAUGACUGAGCACGAGGCUAAGCACUUCGAAGACGACGUCAGCGUGUUGGUGCAGCGUCCCCGUCUGAACCACAAGGUGUUCCAAGUGCGCGUGAAGGUCAACAGCGAGGCCGCCAAGACCGUGGUCGUCAGGUUCUUCCUGGCCCCCAAGUACGACAGCCUCGGCAACGAGAUCCCUCUCAAGGAGAACUGGGAGAACUUCUUCCAGCUGGACCAGUUCACUUACGACCUGGUUCAAGGCGAGAACGUCAUCAAGCGUGACUCCACUCAGAACCUGUGGACCGUCGACGACUGGACCACCGCCCACGAAUUCUACGCUAAGUCCGAGUCCGCACUCCACGGCAAAGGAUCCGUUAUUGUUGACCAGUCCCAGCGCUUCGACGGCUACCCUCAACGACUGCUGCUCCCUAAGGGUCGCGUCGGCGGUAUGCCCUUCGUGUUCGUGGUCUACAUCUCCGAGUACCGCGCACCCAAGGUUCCCUUCGGCCAGGGCUUCGACCCCGCCAUGUCCCUCGGCUUCGGAUCCGGAGCUCGCUUCCUGACCGACGACCCUCUCGGCUUCCCGCUCAACAAGCCCGUCUACGACUGGCAGAUCCAGCACUUGAAGAACUUCUGGGUGCAAGACGUCACCAUCUACCACAAGCACACCCCAGAGAUCUACUUGCCCCAUCUGGAAUAAGUUUGAGGCUUUAAAACUUAAGUGGCAACAAUGAUUCAAUAGUAUUCAGUGUAGUGUUUGAUAUUAUGUAACUUAUACUUGCCUGCACCCUGUAUGAUGUAGUGAUGAUUGUAGAUAACCAUAAUAUUUUAGUUCCUCUUUGAUGCCCUUAAAGUUCAGAUGAUUAUUGUAUUUUAUUUGUAUUGUUUGUAUGUAUAUGUGUAGUGUAUUUAGUUGGUAGUUUAUAGUACAUAUUAUUUAUCUUAUACUUAGCUGUGUAUAUGACUAUCAAGUAUUUAUAGAAUCGAAUAUAUUUUUCAACAUAA